AUGAAAGGUUUCUUGCUUGGGCAAGGCGUAACAGUACAGUAGAGUCGUGUGCUGUAGUCUUUGUGGAGAACUGAUCCCGGUGGCAUUCUGUUACGAACAUCUCAACUAAAUAUUGCAAAUCGCCGUCAUUACAGUAUUCCAGGCCCCAAGUCCUUAUGGCACUUGAAUGGUAAUCAUAAGUUAAUAAGAUGGGGAUUUGUCAUUCACGGUUGUGUUGAUGGCUUUUCAAGAUGAAUUAUGUUUUUGAAAUGCAGUAAUAAUAACAAGGCCGUAACAGUGUUACAUCUUUUCUUAAAUGCAGUUCAAGAAUUUGGAUUUCCUUCUAGAGUCAGGGGAGAUCAAGGCACUGACAAUGUUGAAGUUGCCAGAGGUAUGAUUUCCCACCCCAGCAGAGGGCCAGGAGGGGGCAGCUUCAUAGCUGGGAUAAGUUGUCAUAACCAGGGAAUUGAGAGGUUUUAG